AUGGAGCCUGCAAAGAGACGCGCUGUUUACGUUGUCGGGGUGGGAUUGGUUAAGUUUCUCAAGCCGUCUGCUUCUUCUACUCAUGAUUACCCUGAUAUGGCUAAAGAAGCUGGUGAAGCCGCCCUAGCCGAUGCUGGCUUAACGUAUAAAGAUAUUCAACAAGCUGUUGUUGGCUAUGUUUACGGAGAUUCUACCUGUGGUCAGCGAGCAGUUUAUAAUCUUGGUUUAACCGGUAUUCCUAUAUACAAUGUCAAUAAUAAUUGUGCGACAGGAUCGACGGCUCUAUUUCUCGCUAAACAGCUGAUUGAAGGAGGUAACUGUGAUUGUGCCCUUGCUCUGGGCUUUGAGAAAAUGCAAAGAGGAUCUCUAGUCUCUCACUUUAACGAUCGUACAAAUCCGCUGGAUAAGCAUGCUGAAGUGUUAUCAGAUUGUUACGGAAUCCAAGCUGCGCCAUUAGCUCCGCAAAUGUUUGCUGCAGCUGCUUGUGAACACAUGGAAAAAUACGGGACUAAAGCUGAUGUUUUUGGAAAAAUUGCGGAAAAAAAUCACCGUCACUCUGCUAAUAACCCUUACUCGCAGAUGAAAACGGUUUACUCUGUGGAUGAAGUUAUGAAGUCUAGAAUGAUUCAGUUUCCAUUAACAUUACUGCAGUGUUGCCCAACGUCCGACGGUAGCGCUGCUGCUAUUUUAUGCAGUGAAAAAAUGGUCCAAAAAUAUAAUUUGCAGAAUAAAGCCGUAAAAAUAGUUGGAAUGGAAAUGAGAACUGAUUUUAGUUCUACAUUUAAGGAAAAGAGCUGCAUCAAAAUGGUUGGUUAUGAUAUGACAAAGGCCGCUGCUGACUCCGUCUAUUCGGCUACUGGUAUCAAGCCAACAGAUGUUGAUGUUGUGGAGUUACAUGAUUGCUUCUCUGCUAAUGAAUUGAUUUCAUAUGAAGCUCUUGGAUUAUGUGCGGAAGGUGAAGGAGCUAAUCUCGUUGAAUCUGGUAAUAAUACUUAUGGUGGUAAAUAUGUCAUCAAUCCAAGUGGUGGUUUAAUAUCAAAGGGUCAUCCACUAGGGGCUAGCGGACUUGCACAAUGCGCUGAGCUCUGUUGGCAGUUACGUAAUAUGGCUGGUAAAAGACAAGUUCCUAAUGCUAAAACUGCUCUACAGCAUAACAUUGGAUUGGGCGGAGCCGUUGUUGUUGGACUUUAUCAACGUGGCUUUCAUGAAAGCCCACAGCUCGCGACUGUGGCAACUGCUGCAAAUUCGAUUAAUUCUGAAACCGUAUUUGAACGUAUCAAAGAAAAUGUUGAUAAGAAUGGACCGUCUAUGGUAAAUAAAGUUAAAGCAGUGUUUCGCUUCAAGAUAACUGACAUUAAAUCGAAAGGCACAAAGUUUUGGACACUUAAUCUCAAAGAUGGAAGCGGUUCCUUGACCGAGGGACAAGAAGGUAAAACUGAUUGCACUAUUACAAUGGCCGAUAAAGAUUUCGUGCAAUUAAGUACUGGAAAACUCAAUCCUCAAAUGGCUUUCAUGGGAGGAAAGUUGAAGAUAUCAGGCAAUAUGGCUGUUGCUUUGAAAUUGCGACUUGUUUUACCGCAGGGAGGUCCUAAAGCGAAUCUAUAA